AUGACUGUUACAAACAUGAGUUUGGCAUCACUUCCUAACCUUUCAUUCUGCUUGACUAGAUUCUCAAGCAAAUAUGGUUUCGAAAAACCAAACGACAGGCGAGCUCUGGAUCUCAUGAACGCUGCCGCUCAGGCAGUCAUGUAUGAGAUACCAGAGGUCACCAUAGCCUACGGAAUCAGCGAUGAAUACAGCUUCGUCUUCCACAAGUCAUGCACCCUCUUCGAAAGACGCUCAAGCAAACUCGUCACCACAAUCGUAUCAACCUUCUCAUCCUACUACAUCCACCUCUGGUCAACCUACUUCCCCGACACCCCCCUGUCACCCCCCUUACCCAGCUUCGACGGCAGAGCAGUCUGCUACCCCAGCGUGCAGAACCUCCGGGACUACAUGAGCUGGAGGCAGGUAGACUGCCACAUCAACAACCUCUACAACACCACCUUCUGGGCUCUCAUACAGAAAGGUGGCAUGGGAAAUCUCGAGGCGGAAGAGUUGCUCAAGGGGACGUAUGCUGCCGACAAGAACGAGAUUUUGUUUUCCAAGUUUGGCAUAAACUACAACAACGAGCCAGAGAUUUAUAAGAAGGGGAGUGUGCUGUUCCGGGGUCUGGUAGACCCAGCCACCCACAACGCAGCAGCCGAAGCAGAUAGCCUGGCCGAGCCAGUCCAGCAAUCCAAGAACCAGACAGAAAGCGACAAAAAGAGGAGGGCCAAGGCCAGGAUAGUGAUUGAGCACCUUGACAUCAUCAAGGAUGAAUUCUGGGACCGGAGGCCCUGGUUGCUAUCUAACAAGCCGGGCAAGGUUCCCAAGGAGACCUGUCUCUAA